AACGGCGAACACACCAAUGAUAGUCACUGGCAUUCGGAUGCUGCUGCGUUAAACAAUGCUACCGAGCAGAACUACGACGCACAAAUGACACUAAGGUGUGCCGUUGGAUACUGGUUGUUACCUGCGUCGAAGUUCGGCCAACCACAGACCACGCAGACAGUGAGGUGCGGACUAAACGGGACCUGGACACCUGCUGCAAAUUGCACUAUGAUAACUUGCCCGGCCCUCAACGGCGAACACACCAAUGAUAGUCACUGGCAUUCGGAUGCUGCUGCGUUAAACAAUGCUACCGAGCAGAACUACGACGCGCAAAUGACACUAAGGUGUGCCGUUGGAUACUGGUUGUUACCUGCGUCGAAGUUCGGCCAACCACAGACCACGCAGACAGUGAGGUGCGGACUAAACGGGACCUGGACACCUGCUGCAAAUUGCACUAUGAUAACUUGCCCGGCCCUCAACGGCGAACACACCAAUGAUAGUCACUGGCAUUCGGAUGAUGCUGCGUUUAACAAUGCUACCGAGCAGAACUACGGCGCACAAAUGACACUAAGGUGUGACGAUGGAUACUGGUUGAAACCUGCGUCGAAGUUCGGCCAACCACAGACCACGCAGACAGUGAGGUGCGGACUAAACGGGACCUGGACACCUGCUGCAAAUUGCACUAUGAUAACCUGCCCUGCCCUCUGGACCAAGCAGAGCCAAGCUAGUCACUGGCAGUUGGCUAAUGCUACGUUAAGCAAUGCUACGAAGAUGAAUUAUGACGCAAACGUGCAACUCAAGUGUGACGAUGGAUACUGGUUGCAAAACACAUCAACCCAUGGCAACCCAAAUACAACCCAAAGAGUGAAGUGCAGAUUAAACGGGGACUGGACACCUGCUGAAGACUGCUCUAUGAUAAAUUGCGGUAAAUUUACACUCGAUGACCAAAACUCCGAUUAUGCACAAAUAACAUGGCAUAGUGGAACCCUCUUUGGAGAUGUCAUUGCAAUGACGGAUACAGAAUCGUGGGACCCCACAUAAACAUGUAUCGGAGAAUAUAACUUGUGGUUCCGAUGGCCGUUGGGGAAAAACGUCUGGCUGCGAACCAAAAGAUUGUGGAAGACCUUUGAUCCAGACCAUGGCUGGGUGAAUAUCUCGAAUGGAACCGCUGUAGGAAACACGGCCACAUUCUACUGUGAUAUUGGCUACACUGUAGUCGGAAACAGUAAAACAACAUGCCUUAACAACAAC